AUGCACUUUUCCUUCAUCGAUAUCUCUCCCGAAUAUGAGACAUACGUCAACAAAAGCCUCACAGCUCAGUUUGAGAGAUUCAAGAAGAUGUCAGGCAUCAAGAGGGUCAUUGAAUUCGGUGGUUGGAAAGCAUCUACUCACCCCAGCACGUACUGGAUUUUCCGAGAUGGUGUCAAGGCCGCCAAACGUCUCAAGCUUGCAACAAAACUUCUUGCCUUCCUUGAGAAACAUGGUCUCGACGGCGUCGAUAUUGACUGGGAGUACCCAGCUGCUCCUUAUCUACCGAAAAUUCUGGAGGGCGACCCUGCUAAUGGACCGGACUAUCUGGCAUUCCUCACUAUGAUGAAGCGUCGGUUGGCAUCUGGCAAGACGCUGUCCAUCGCGGCUCCGGCUUCCUACUGGUACCUGAAGGGUUUCCCGAUUAAGGAUAUUGCUAAGGUUAUAGCCUAUAUCGUCUAUAUGAUCUACGAUCUUCAUGUCUGGGAUAACAACUGGAUUGCCUAUAUGGACCGCACGAACAAGAACAACAGAGAGUCUAAGUACAGGGGCCUGAACUAUGGUGGUACGACGCACUGGGCCAUUGAUCUCGAAUCCUUCUCCCCUUUCGACAUGGGACAUCCUGGUAUCUUCUUCCAGAUUCCUGACGAAGACGAAGACUUCGCAGUUCUGGAUGAGUGCAGAAUAAUAACGUGGUCACCUGAGGCUCAGGAGCACACGAAAGGUGAGGUGUCCAGGUUCCUGGCCCAAAAGCUUGGCGACGGCUUGGAAAACUGGGCAGAUCUGAUAUGGGAAGCAGCCGGUCAUCCUGGUGGAUCAGGGUGUCAUUCGAUCAGUGGAGGCCAGUGCACCUGGUCGAAUGAAUGUGUCAAGGGCCAGGUGAGGAACUAUUGGAGUAUCAAGAAGAUUUCCAACGCCAUGUCCACUGCUCGUCUUAUCAAGGGAGCUACCAAUGCGGCGUUCACGAACAACACGUAUUAUAAAGAUGCCAUCCACAAGGCGCUCUCGAUGAACGGCAGAGAGCCUGCGGAUUCAGCAUCCGCGAUAUCUCUUUUGGUCAAUUUUGGAAACAGCUUUGGUGUCCUCGGCGGUGCCUUAAGUCCUUCCAAUCCCGUCACAGGUGCUUUCCUGGGAACCGCUGGGGCGUUCCUCGGCCUAAUCAAAGAUAAAUUCGCCGAAGGGGAGCAACAGUUUCAAGAUUUGCUAAAUCCAUGA